GGCUGCCUUCGUAACAAUGGAGAAGAUGGCGGAGUGAGGAGAGCUUUGGGCGGAGAAGCCGGAAUCCCACGUUAAACAGAGGUAGCGGCCUCUCCCCAGGACACAGUCAGCUUUACAUUCAACACAAUGGAGAGUGCUGAUUCUACAGGAAAAGGAAGUGGCGAACAAUCUGAAUCUCAACGCCAAAGCCAGAUGGACAGGUUGGAUAGGGAGGAGGCUUUUUAUCAGUUUGUAAAUGGCCUGAAUGAGGAUGACUACCGGCUCAUGAGAGAUAAUAACCUACUAGGAACACCAGGGGAAAUUACUAAAGAAGAAUUGUUGAGAAGGCUCCAGCAAAUUAAGGAAGGACCUCCUCCGCCAAACACCGAUGAAAACAGAGGUGCUUCUGUCUCCACGGGUGGUGACUCCACAGAGGACUCUUCUAAUGGAGAUUCCAUAAUAGACUGGUUAAAUUCUGUUCGUCAGACUGGUAACACCACAAGAAGUGGACAGAGAGGCAACCAGUCUUGGAGGGCAGUGAGCAGAACAAACCCGAACAGUGGUGAUUUCAGGUUUAGCUUGGAAAUAAAUGUUAAUCGUAAUUCUGCUAACCAAAACCUACCCCAAACUGAACAGUCAGUAGAAAACUCUACUGAGGAUAUGGAAGUUGCCAAUCAAGGUGAUCCUGAAGCUGAAGCUGAAGCUGAAGCUGAAGCUGAACCUGAACCUGAACCUGAAGCUGAACCUGAACCUGAACCUGAACCUCAAGCGGAAGCAGAAGUGGAAGCUGAACCCGAACCUGAACCUGAACCUGAACCUGAAGUCCAAGCUCCUACCCCAAGUAAUGACACAGAAGUGUUAACUGUAGAGGAACCUGUGUCUCAGAGAGGGCAAAGGAGGGCAAGAAGUAGAAGUCCUGAUCAAAGAAGGACAAGACCUAGAACUGAUAGAAGCAGGUCACCCCUAAAUCCAUCUGUUGAGCCACCUCCUCGGAGGGCACAACACAUUUUACCACAAACUGUUGAUGCUUCUUUGGUUGAGGAAACAGAGGGUAGCUCCAGAACUCGACAACAUGUGACAGCCCCUCAGGUUCAGAGCAAUGCUUUGUCAAAUGACACUGAAGGAAGCUCUAGAACUAGACAGCAUGUGCCAUCCAGGCAGCAGGUACUUGCUACAGAAGUCCAGAAUCCUAGUCCAAGUGCAGUGCUAUUCUCAAACCCAGAAACAAGAAGUUCUUCCCAGCCUCCUCCAACUGAGACGCCAGGAACUGGAGAGUCUACUGGACCCAGUCAGAGACCCCCAACCAUUGUCUUGGAUCUUCAAGUGAGACGAGUACGUCCGGGAGAGUAUCGUCAAAGAGACAGCAUAGCAAAUAGAACGCGAUCCCGUUCUCAAACUCCUAAUAACACAGUUACUUAUGAGAGCGAGAGAGGUGGGUUCCGGCGCACUUUCUCAAGGUCUGAACGUGCUGGAGUGAGAACGUAUGUAAGCACUAUUAGAAUCCCAAUACGUAGAAUCCUGAACACCGGUCUUAGUGAGACCACCUCUGUUGCAAUCCAAACAAUGCUGAGGCAAAUAAUGACUGGUUUUGGAGAACUUAGCUACUUUAUGUACAGUGAUAAUGAUGCAGAGCCUAGUAAUCCUGGAGCUGUUUCUCCACCAACAUCAGUUAGUGAGGAAAUCCCAAACAAUACAGAUGCCAGUGUUCCACCACCGCCUGCAGAAGUUCCAGAACCACCUAAUAUAGUGGAAAGUGAAGAAGGAAGUAAUGAAGGUGUUUCUACAUCUGGGGCCAGAAGAGAGGCCCGCAAUAACAGAGGGUCAGUCCCUUUUGAAGAAAGUGGAUCACUACCAUUCCUCAGCCUAGCCCAGUUCUUCCUUCUAAAUGAGGAUGAUGACGAUCAGCCAAGGGGACUGACAAAAGAACAAAUCGAUAAUUUAUCAACCCGAAAUUUUGGUGAAAAUGAUGCUCUGAAAACUUGUAGUGUAUGUAUAACUGAAUAUACAGAAGGCAACAAGCUUCGCAAGCUACCUUGUUCACAUGAGUACCAUGUCCACUGUAUUGACCGCUGGUUGUCUGAAAAUUCCACUUGUCCCAUAUGUCGCAGAGCUGUUUUGGCUUCAGGCAACAGAGAAAGUGUUGUUUAAAUCCAUGUAUUGCAAACUUUCAACUAAAAAGCUGGCAUUUAUACUGCUGGGCAAAGGAAAAUUUAAAAUGCUGUUUUAUUUUUAUUUUUAUGGCCACUUUUUGAGUGGUGCUUAAAAUAGGGUUUUGGCUUGGAGUGAGUUGUCCUGUUAAAACUAUAAAUUCACGCCACGCAGAAUAUGUUUUAAAAUCUCAAGAUAAUUCUGAGCACGGAUGCCGAAACAUCUGGGUUUAAGAUAAAAUUCAUCCCAUCCCCCUCCAUCCCUGUUGUUCAGUUUAAAGCCGCAUCUUUCUAUUAAUACUCAUUUUUUUUUUUUUUUUUUUAUUUACUAAUCUUUCAGUGCUGGAAUGAAUCAAACGAAGCCCCCAAGUUUUGCUCGUUUGUACCAGCUAGUUACUCCAUCUUUUUCUUUACCCCUUGUUAAGUUACAGAAAUUAUUUAAUAUGAACUAUUAUUUCUUUAUUGUCAGCAGUGUUUGUUUUUUUUUGUUUUUUUUUGUUUUGUGUUUUUGGCCAGGGGAAGUUUGAGAGAAUAAGGACAUUUCUCCAAACGUAUGUCAUCAAUGUCCCAAAGUAGCACUAAUUUAGAAAUAUGCACUAGUUAAUUGCUCUUUUAGUGCUUUCUGCAUUUCCUUAACCUAAUAGUGUACAUGGUUUCUGUUCAUACCUGACUGUAAGCCAGACAAGCAUAUGUUUCUUCUACUUUUGUUUCUGUUGCCAGGCAAAUCAAGAAUGCAACUUUUAAACUAUUCAAAAUUAAUUCUUCAUAUUUGAAAAGAGACUUUUCGUAUGUUAGAACUCCUGCUCCUAUUGCUAAGGAAUACAGGGUGUUAAAAGCUCUUUCAAACAGCAGAUCUUCUGGUAGGCUUGUUCGGUACCUUGUAUUGAAGUAUGCGCGAUAGACAUGUAUUUAGGGCUCCCUCUAUUUGAAUGAAUGAUCCUGUACAUAUUAGACCUGCUAAGUUUUGGACCAUAUUUCUAUAACCCAUUUAAACCCAAGUUUGGUUGCAAUACAAUAUUUUCAAAUAGAUCUGAAAACCACAACACCUUGAGCUAAGCACUUAUUAAUGAUUGCACCGUAGAUUUUAUUGUGGGCCAGCAAUGCUUGGCUAAGUCUGUAAAACUUUGGUUCCACUUGCAUAUUAGAUCAGGCAUUGGUUGAUUUUUUUUUUUUAUUUUUUUUUUUUUGACUUAUGCUUGCAUUUUUGUUAAGUCACAGUAUUUUUUUAAAUAUUUUUAAAAUAUUAUAUAUAGUAAAUAUUGGGAUUAU